GCUGAGCGUCGACCGGAUAGCAUUCCACUCACUCACUUUACACGUCGCCUCUUUCUGCUGAAUCCACUCGUUCAAGUGCGUCUAGAUGAUGUCCACGCCGCUUUACCCGACUUUCAGUCCCGUCCCGACCAAGCCCACUUCCAACCGCUCGAAUAAACAUAGACUAUAUAUUGCCUACUACUCAGAGGGCAGGGCGCAGGGGGACGAUGUGAAAUACCACACCGCGCUCAUUCUGGCACCGAAGAACCCAGACCCGCGGAAGGUGCAGACAUGGCGGUAUCAUGUCAAGAACAUUGACAGGGACGGGGACGACAUGUGGGUAUACGAGGGGAAGCCGACCAUGAACUCGGACCAGCGGAUAGAGGCGAUGACACUUCUGUGUAAAGUCGAUGAUGAGAAUGUUUCGGGCCUCGGUCUCUCGAUGCUCUUGCGAGAGAUAGAGGUUGUCCAGGACGAACGGCGAUGGUGCUCGCGGCACUGGGUAUUCUCGGCGCUCCAGAUGCUGGUCGAGCGUCAGGUUAUCCCCCAGCUACACAUGGGCCCCAAGAGCAUCUGGCAGAAUGGAUAUCAAUUCGCAAAGAGCGUCAGCACUGCGAAGUACCCUUUCUCCGUUCCUACGUGCGACGUCACCGGAAGGGAGAUCAAAUCCGAAAUGAACUGGUCAUGAUUAUAUGACCACUGACGACCAUUCGUCGCCAAUUCCUCGCAGACACUCGCGGCAGGCCGCGACUGCAAUAUUUCGACGCGAAGACGGGCUUACCAGCGUAUUGCCUCCGUCAACCGCCUCUUUCGACAUCAUGUCCCCGCAUUGUAUCGCUAUUUAUGACCUCUCAUGUAUACCUAAUCGUCACGACCGUACCUUAGAAGAUUUUAAUGAUGUCCGUUCUUCGCUCAUCGCUCUCGUUGUUAUCGUCGUUGAAUUUCGCUUGUGUAUCGCAUUGUAUACCCACCGCGCGGG